AUGGACCCCUCACAGACGGACCGCUUUUGCCCAACAGAGGCGACGGACGGAAACUUGGAGACGGCGAAAAACGCGGCCGAGAAGCGCAAGGUUGGAGACCCCCGUACUGGUGGUACCUCUGUGGUUAAUACCAUUCCUGUGGCCAGUGGUACUCCUGUGUCCACUGGCACUGUUGGGGUUAACGGCGCUCCUGUGGCCAGUGGUACUCCCGUGUCCAGAAGCACUCCUGCGGCCAGUGGCGCUCCUGUGGCCUGCGGCGCUCCUGUGCUCAGUGGUACUGUUAUGGUUAGCGGCGCUCCUGUGACUAACGGGACGCCUCUGGACAAGGGCACUGCAGCCGAUGUCGGUACUCUGGGAGAAAAUGGCCGCACUUCUGUCCGUAAUUCUGUCGGCAAAGGAGCUCCUGCAUAG